CAGAAGUGCCUCCUCGGCGCUGUGUUUGAGUACUUGCGCUUGUUAGCUUUUUGCUAACUCCGCAAUGGACAAUGUCCCCGGUGUUUGCUCCUCGGACCCCCCGGGAGAAAACGGACCGGACAGCGGCUCCACGGACGAUGGGUUAGUCGACGCUUUCGGAGACCUGGCUGCCUUGCCGGUGGAGGUCGGCGAGAGAAGACCGACCUGUUUACGGUGCCGUCGCCCUCAGAAGGUGUGUCUCUGUCCUUUUCUUCCACCACAACCCCUGGAGGUGUCCACAUGUCUGUACGUAGUGCAGCAUCCUGCAGAGGAGAGUCGAGUACUUCGCACAGUGCCUCUACUCGCUGCUUGUUUGCCACUAGGAAAGUGCAAUGUCAUAGUUGGAAGGAGGUUUAAUGAGGAAAAGCACCCGGAGCUGGCUGCGGUGUGUCGGGACAGCGGAACACUGAUCCUGUACCCGGGUCCCAAAUCCCAGAACCUGGAGGAUUUAGUGCAGUACCAAGAAGUGGGCACCGUGAAGCAUAAUGUGAUCAUCAUAGACGGCACUUGGAGCCAGGCCAAAAACAUGUUCCUCAAGAACAGCCUGUUCCACCUGCCCAAACAGGUGCAGCUCAACAGGACUCUGUCCAGUCAGUACGUGAUCCGCACUCAACCCUCCAACAUCUGUCUGUCCACGCUGGAAUGUGCUGCUGUCGCUCUGUCAAUCCUGGAGCGGAACGACGAGAUCCAAGAGGUUCUGCUGAGGCCCCUGAAAGCUCUGUGCUCCUUCCAGCUGCAGCACGGCGCUCAGAUUCAUCACAGCAAGGAGCAUCUACUGAGGAACGGCAUGUACGACAAGCCCAUGCCCAAGAAUAAACGCAAGAUAAAGAGGAUGGAGAAACUCAUCACUGACCACAACAUCUGCCCAAGAUGAGGCCAUGACUUAGCAGAGAUAAGAGGCUUGACUCAUCUUCUGUGUACACUGUGUGGGACUGAAUCAUCACGGCAGAGCAUCAGGGUGCAGGCAGGGAGACCACUGGACUUUGAGGGAUUUUUGUUUCUUUUUCUUAAAAUAUAUGUAAGUUAUUUAUUUGUCAUUAAUUUAAAAUAAAUUAAUGGCAAAUUAAAGCUGUACUUGAAGCGUCAUGUCGACAGUAAAUCAGGUUUCUUGCUUUCUUUGUUUCAAAACAGUUAACGUAUUUACGCUCUGAGUUUUUUAAGAACCUACUCUCGUCUUAUGUUGUUACGACUUUAUGUGGCUACAUCUGGUCACAUCUGGAAGGGCUGAUUCCGCUGAUGUUUUGAAAAGCAAAAUCUUCAUUCACAUAAAUAACAAAAACAAUAAAAUGGAAAUAACACAAAACUACCAAAGACACGUACAGAGCAGUGAAAAUGGUGACAACUGAGGUUUGUAUACAACGUUAUGUGAGGAAAUCACGGCUGAUAAUGGAACUUGACUCCAUAACGACACUGUUUUUGGAAAAACUGCCUGUCAUAAUUGUAUCUGCAGAUUUACAAGGAGCUUUUAUUAUAUAUUACAGAAAGCAAUUAAAAUACUGCACAAUGUUUUCUAUGCCACAAAUGACAUCUCAAAAAAAAUGGAUAACCUUUAUUUUCAUUUUUGUUAUGUAAUAAGUGUAAAAAUGGCCAUUUCUUAAAACAUAAAACUACUGUAACAAACCAUUUAUAUCUGCAGAAAUAAUCAGUUUUGAGGGAAACUGUUGAGUGAUUUUAUAUGUAGAAUCCAUUUUUCAACUUGGUUAAGAUGGCAUUUAAGGAUAAAGUUUGAAGAUGUACACAAGUUACCUCCUGUAAAUAAUAAACAACCUUUCAGCCCA